ACUCGCAUCGGCGCGAGGAGAGAACCCGCAACCCGCGGUUUCAACAACUCGGUGUCUCAGAGUCUCUGCGAGCCAGUGUACGCCCGGCUGCCGACACGAGCGGAUGGUGCACAUGUCCUUUCUAUUUAAAAAACAUUCCCAGUACGAUUUUCCCAGUACUAUAAAACCUUCUGCUCGUCGUUAUCAUUUUAAUUAUUUGCAUUUUAGUACACCGAUAAACUACAGUAGUGUCAGCAAGAACAGUUUUUAAAAAAGGGUGGACAGAAAUUUUUUUUAGUUUAAUUCAUUUAAAAUCACGCGGUGGCAUUUUUAUUAUACACUAUUAUUUUUAAAUUUUAUAUUAUUUGUAUAUUAAAAAUUAUAUAGUAUUUUUUAAAAAAUUAUAGGAUUUGAAUGACGUGAGCCGGCUACUGAGACGCGUGUCUUAGUUGUGAUUGCAAAGAGCGGGAGUGAGAUUUAAAUUUGAACGUCAGUGAGGUUUAAAAAAAAAUAUACAAUAAAAGUAAACAAAUAAUUAGACAUUGUGAUCAUUGUACUGGCAAAGUUACGUCAUGGUCUUUUUAACGCGGCACCCUGGAGCGCAAACCGUCCACCGGUUGCCAUAGUACCGCGUGGCUUCGAUCAGCUGAUCGCGACUUUGCCGCAGUUUAUUCUUCUACUGCUCCAAUUUGUCUGAGCACAACAGACAGUCAGUUUAUCACGUGCGGUUAUUUUAAUUCAGUGUUUGUGUCUACGGUCAUAGAGCAUUUUUAAAUUCUAUUAAUAGAUAAAUAGACGGAAUAAUUGAUACAGAACAUUGAGAUAAUUGAGAUAAAUAAACUUUAUGGGCAGAUGACAUUGCGAGUGCUUAUGGGAUUUAAAUAUUUAAAAAUAAACAUUACCUUAGUUGGUCAAGUUUUACUUUUAUUCAGUGUAGAGUUUAUUGUUUUAUACUGAUACUGAUAUUAAUAUUAAUAUUAAUAUUGUAAUUCAAAUUAUGAAAAUGAUCUGCCGACACAUAUGACAAUUAAGCGUAAUCUAUUCGCGUCGUCUGCGUCGCACGUGAUCGCGAGUGAGUGACCUCUGAAUUUAUCAAGUGGAGAAUUUCAUCGGGCUGUUGAGAGUUCAUCGAUCGCUCUCAACUCACUCAUUCAUUUCUCAUAUUAUUUUCUCUAUAUUUAUUAUUAAUUAUUUAAUUCCGCACUUUUUCUCUUUCUCUCUCCCUCCCUAUCUCACAAUUUGUCGUUUUGAAUUUUUGCCGCCUUAUCGCGCCCGCAGCUUCCAGUUAAUCCGGAAAUGUAUUUUACUUUGGUGACAACCGCAGACAAUAAUACUAUUCGUGGAUUAAAUAUUUGCUCACCCGAUAAAUCGAUUUGAUCGGUUAUGUAUUUAAUGAUAAAAUGUUUCAUUAAAUUACCGAUGAUAAAAUGCAAAAGAACUAUGAUCGAUACUCGGACAAUCGCAAAAGCUCUAUGACAAAGCAUUAUUUUUUUUUGUUAUUUUAUAUUUUUUAAUUGCUGUUACUAUUAGUAUUAUUAUUGAUACAAUAACUCAUUAAAGUAUUUUAUAAUCAAUGACAUUUAUUUAUCCAAUAUCGUGAUAAUUAACAACGUGACUAAAAUCGCGGCGAACAAUUUAAAAAAAAACGCGAGUGUUGAUAAAUAAAUACUAUUUAAAUUGUGUAAUUAAAUGUUACUUUAGUGUUACUAUUAAUUAUUAAUUAAAAUUUAAAUAAUAAUAAAUGAACAUGUUGAUAUUAGUAGUGGAGUCUUAUCGAAUUAGUGUUUUAAAAUUUCCGUGGUAAUAUAAAGUGCCGCGUGGUCUUGUUACUUUGUGCAGAAUAAACUCGGGGUUUAUCUUACGCACUCACACGCGAAAUAAUACUGUGAUAGGAGUUUUAUUGUAUACGUCAAUGAGGAUCUGAGUUGUCAAGCUGGUGGAUUAGUUUGACAGAUCACGGAGCUUCUAUUUCAAGUCUACUUUGAAUAUCAUAAGCCAAACGGGCCAGUAUUUAUGCCAGUAUGCCAAUAUAUCCAAGUUGCCAGUAGCCAGCAGCCCAGUAAUAAACUUAUCAGAUUUAAGUCCCUGUAAUAAACUUAAAUCUAAAUAAUUAAUCUCUAAGCAAUGCAUUUACGUAAAAUAUCACUAUAAUAACGUUCAUUAAACAUAUCUUAGUUAUUUAAACUAUUAGUACUCUAUAAAUAUAUAUUAUUAUUUAUAAAACCACUAUCACAGUGAACGAAUAUCGGUUUUCUCCGCAAUAAUUUAUUUGCUACGUACACUACUACUUUUAUUCUCAAUCGCGAGGGUUAAUAUCUAAGUAGUGGACAUCUAGCCUUCGUGAGUGUAACGAACCCGGCGAAUCCAAGUUUACUUACUUCAGUAUAUAUAUAUAUAUAUAUAUACAAGGAAAAAGCUAUAGCUAAAUAAUAGAAACUCGGUUUACGAACGGUCGUAUUAAAGGAUUAUAAAUAAAUAAAGAGUGUUAUAUAUAAAAAUAAAAAAAAGUUGUGAAGGAAAAGGGUGAAAAAGUACUCAAGACACGCAAGCCGGUGGCUGGAAACGCUGACUUACAUCGGGAACGCCAACCUGCAAUCAAGGUUCAUGGUUUUCAUGGUGAGUGCAUUUAAAGAGUCGCGGGUUCGCAAAUUGGAGGAGAACGAGCUCUCGAGCAAGCGGUGGGCCAGUGCGCCCCGCCGCCCAGACAGCCCCUACAUUCUGGGGGCUCCAACGUCUAGGGAGGCGGCGGGACCGCCAGUGCAGCUUGAACCCGUGGACCUGUCGGUGAAGACUCCGGUUGUUUUGCAGGUGCCUCGUUACAGUCCAGCGGCAGCAUUAAUUACCGCUUCGGCCAGGAGGAUUCCAUCGCCGUCGACAACACCCACACCGCUGCCGAUCUGCCCGUCUACUGUGUCACCGGCAUUACCACUAGUGGACAUAGUGAGGGAACGCGAACAGGAACGAGACCGGAAGAGGGAACCGAGAGACGCGAGCAGAAAUAAAGAACGUGAGCGAGAACACCGGGAACGAGAUCGAGAGCACCGCGAGAGGCAACGGGACCGCGUCAGGGAGAGAGAAGUAUCAGUCUGUGGUAUUGAACCACCUGAUCCUGUUUUCGUAUCCUCCUCAGCGGCCCUCCUCGCUCUACAAAGGAUAAAAGAGGCCUCACUUGUAUUCCACAAGCGACCAGCGCUCACGCCUGGGAUCGGCCUCAGCGGCCGAGGAAACAGCGGACACGGAGUCGGUGGACACGGUGGUAGUCUCAAUAACGUCGAUAGUGAUUGCGGGGAUGCCCUCAAGCGACGUAAAGUCCAUCGAUGCGACGUCGCGGGAUGCGACAAAGUCUACACCAAGAGUUCCCACCUUAAGGCACACAAGCGAACGCACACCGGAGAAAAACCAUAUCAAUGUACGUGGGAAGGAUGUACGUGGAAAUUUGCCCGCUCGGACGAGCUGACGCGGCACUAUCGCAAGCACACGGGACAAAAACCAUUCAAGUGCCAUCUUUGUCAGCGGUCGUUCUCACGGAGCGAUCACCUGUCACUGCACAUGAAGAGGCACUGACAAAUAUGAGAGCCUAAAUAUAUGGAAUCUUGAAUAAUAAAUAAAUAAAAUCCUAGACCAAGUUGACGAUUUAACUACACAUACAUUCGGGACCUGAGACAACCCUUUCCCUCGAGGUGCGCGCUAUUUCGCGCGGGACUGCGGGCCAAUAACGUAACACGUUUUUUUUUUCAUUAGUUAUUAUUAUAAUUAUUAUUAUUUUUACGAUUAAUAAGUAAAAAAAAUUAUAAAAUCAAGCAAAAACGUCUUUGUUAAAUAAAUAGCGAAAAUAUAUAAUGCCCGCGCAGACUUGAAUGAUUUAAAUUCGGGCGCGAAUUAGUUUGAAUUUUAAAAAAUGUUAUUAUUAAUUCGGUUAUUUUAUUACAAAUGAACGUUUUUUUAUUAAGGCCAGCUCAACUAGUCUAGAGCAAUGUUGAUUUACUAUCAUAAUAAUAAAUGGAGCCAGUAAAAGUAUAAUAAUAAGUUUAUAUAGUUAAUUAUAAAAGUAAUUAAAUAAAUAAAAUAAAAAUGUUAUUAAAGAGAAAAUGACAACUCCUUUGAUGGAGCUUGGGACUUAGCAUGCUCAGUUAAAUAAAUACAAUCGUGAUUGUGAAUAAUUAUUAAAAUAAAAAAAAAAAUUAUUUAACUAUCGGUAGUAAUUAAUAAAAAUUUUUUAAAAAAUUAUAAAAGAAGAAUUCCGCGUUUAUAUAAAACGGACAAUCAUAAAUAAGUUUUUUUUUUUUUUAAUAUUUAAAUAGUCAAGUAUUAAUUCCGGUCUAUUUAAUAAUAUAAUUAUAUAAUCUAAAAAAAAUAGAUAAAUGAAAUAAAAAAAAAACUAGUAAUAAUUCUAAUAGGUAAAUUGAAGCAAUAAUAUUUAAUUGAAUAUAUAAAUAUAUAUAAAGUAUAAUAUAUAAAUAAAUUAAACUUGUACCUAUUUGUCGUGAAUUUAUGUUGUGUGAAAGGUGCCAAAGUGCAGGCUGGCAGUUAAGGCUGUACAAUAAUAUUAAAAAAAAAAAAUUAAUUUAUAAAAAUGCUUUAUAGUGUCACCCCGGGUCAAAAAAAUAAUUUGAUUUUGGCGUAAUUUUAAAAAUUGUAAAAAAAGCAAAUCUAGCAAGACAAAAUCAAGUCAAAUUUCAGUUAUUUUUUUUUUAUAAAUGGAAAAUAUUUUAAGAUAUGAAAACACAUUUGUUUUUUACUUGUUUUUGACUGAGUUGUCUUACUUAGUACCGAUUUACGCCAACUAAGUCAAAUUGAAAUCACGUUAUCUUACUCUGUAAAAUCGAAUUAGUGAAAGUCACGUGACAAUCACUAUUUAGCAUGAAGCUGAAACUACACGGAGAAAAGUGAUGGCUCGAAACUUACCAAUUUUUUUGUUAUGCUGUCGACCAAAUUUGAAACAAGAAGUGAAGCAUCCAAAAAAUUAUUAUACUCAUACGAAAAAUGAUUAUGCUGUAUCACAAUACUUACUACGCGCGAGAAACUUAUCGAUAAGUUUUUAUACCAAUUAUUUUCAUACCUUAUAAUAAUUGUGAUGCGGCAUAGUAAUUUUUUAUAAGAACAAUAAUUUUUUGGAUGCUUCACUUCCUGUUUCAGGUUUGGUCGUCAGCAUAAUAAAAAUUAGUAGACUUUGAGCCAACAUUUUUCUCUGUGUAGCGGCAGUAAUAAGUAACGGCCAACAAUUUUUGCCUGGUCGCUAUUUAUUACGGCCGCUAGCUUCAGCUUUAUCUAUUCGGCAGUGAAAAGUAUACCACUAUUUGAAUUAGUGACAUACUUUUCACUAGUAAACAGUGAAUAGUCACUUUUUUUUACUAUUUCUAAUUUAAGAGAGUAGAUUUGAUUUAGUUGACUUUAAUUAAAGUCAAAUCCAAGUCAACGUGACUUUAAUUUGCCUUAGUCGACUUGAAUUUUUGAAUCGAAUCCAAGUCAAACUUUACUGAGUUGGAUUAAAUUUUUAAGUUAACCUUUUAACGGUAAGCCUAAAAAUUUGCACGUUACAGGUAAUGCCGGUCUUAAAGACCGCUAAUAGAAGUACAUUCGAUUUUUUCACUUUUGAGAAGGGGAUUUUAUCAAUUACACGAAUAAAACUAUAUCCAUGAAAAAGACAUGAUUUGAUGAUAAUAUAAAUUUGAUAUAUUUUGAAACUUCACAUUAAUUAACAUUUUAACAUAAACAUAUUCAAAGAGGUUUUAUCGGUUUUAAAUUUGAUUAGCGGUCUACCAGACCGGAGUUAUCGUUUAAAGGUUAAAGAAUUCAUAUUAACGUUAACAAAAGUAGGUAUAGCCAAAAUGAAGUUAACUUGAUCAAAUGCAAGUCACAAAAAUUAUAGCAGCCACAAUCGAGUUAAUUAAGUCAAAAUCAAGUUAUUUUUUUGAAUCGGGACUAUUUAAUAAUUACCGUCCUACUAGAAAUCGCUUUAAAAAAAAAAAGUAAUUUAACAAAAUUAAAUCACUGCCGUAGACUAUGAUUAUUAUUUAUAAAGCACUUUAACACGAGCAGAUUUUAUUAAAAAUAAUUUCAAUAGCAAUAAUAAAUUAAAAUUAAAAAUUAAUUGGAGGUAAUUAGUAAUUAAAGUAACCAGACUUGGUAUUGUUGAGUUAAAUAAUUGUUUAGCACAAUGGUUUCGGAGAAUAGUUGAAUAUUUUAUUUAAUAAAAAGUGAGGAACCGAAAACUUUCGCCAUCAUAAUGACAAUGCACAGAGUAAUUAUGCAACAAAUAUGUAGAGAGAGUAAUUUUAAUGGUUUUAUAAAUAAUUUAAUAUUAACAUUGAGAUGCACAACGAGAUGCCAGUAUAUGCUAGAGCCAGUUUAAUAAAAUAUUUAACAAAUAUUAUUAUUUAUAAAUAAAUAAAUUAAUUAAUUAAUUAUUACGCCGUUACACUUGAUUAGAUAAUAGUGCCUUUGAUCGUUACGACGUAUGUAUAACGUCUGUGCGUUAUUAUCAUUAUUAUUUUUAUUAUUAUAGAAUAUUAUUAUUAUUAUUAUUAAUAAUUAUAAUCAUCUUGGUAUUCUAAUUAUAUAAGUCGCCUAUAGUGCCUUGAAUAAUUAUCAUGGUUAAUUUAUUUAAUGCUUGUUUACUUACUUCCGUUUCAUUACUUGUAGCAGAUACUAUCACAUAAUUGUGAAAUUAUAUUUUGGAUCAUUAAUAUAAGGAUUUAAUUUUUUAGAAUUUGAAUCUGCUCAAUUUUUUUCGGAUUUUAAUUCCGUUUUUGCGGCACUUUUUAAAUUUAAUUGGCAGUUAAAUUUAAUUGACUCGACAAAAUUAAUCGGUUGCGUUAAAAAAUCUGUUUUUUAAAUUUUGCUGAUUAUACGAGACUGCUAAUUUUUUUAAAUUUCUAGUUAAUGGUAAAUUUUAAAAUUAUGCGAGACUUAAAUUUUAAAAAAUUUUCAUUUAAUGGUAAAUUUUGAAGCAUAGUAAAAUUUAUAUUUUAUUGUUAAAUUAACUGUCAAAUACGCGGGAAAAAAUUGAAAUUUCGAAAUUAGAAAAUUUUUUUAACAUAAAUCGGGUCACGCACAAUUAAAAACAAUUUUGAACAAAUUUUCUAGUGUUAUGUAUCUAGAAUUUAUUCACAGAAAAAAUGCUACAGAAUUUCAAUUUACUCAUAUAUUAUUUUAAAUGUAUGAGAUUAGAGAAUUCGCAAUGAUAUAGAAAUUUUUUUUUCUUCGUGAAACAAAAUUCGAAUCAAUUAUAGAAAUAAAAUUUAAAAAACCCUCGAUUCCGUCCAUUAGCAUUCUACUUUAACCGAGGGAAUUUUUUUAGCAAAUACUUCUUAUUUAUUUUUUUUUCUUUGAAUAUGUUGUCAUGUAAAUGCUUGGAUGCUGUUAUACAUUUGUAUAGAGCAUUACAAAUAGAAAAACGAUUAGGAAUCGUGUAACGUCGGAGACAAAAUAAAUUAAGACUAAUUUCUCAUGCAGUCCCAUUGAAUAUUCCUUAGAAGGUGAUUCAUGAAUGGAUAUAGGAAGCAGUUUAAGAAAUAACUCAGACGGUUUUCUUUGCAACCCCACCCUCUUAGAUUUUCGCAUUUCAAGUGCCUUGAUAAUAAAAUUGUCUAUUAAUUCAAAUUUUACGGUCAAUUCAAUAGUAAUUUUAAAUUUCAAUAAUUAAUUUUGAAAAAUCGGUUAAAUUUCAAUGAUUAGUCGAACAAAAAUUUUUGAAAUUCAAAACUUUCUUUCCUUCAACGCUUCCUAUUUGUUAUUAAUCACCUUUUUGCAAGUGACAAAUAAAAUUAAUUUUCAAAAGCUAAGGAUUUAAUUUUUAAAUUUGUAUCUGUAGUCAAAAAAAAAUAGCCAGUAGACAGUGCACUUUUUUUUACAAUUAAAUGUAAAAAAAAAAAAACUAAAUAAAUAAUAAUAAUGUUAUCAGUGGGCAUGGUUAGAAAAAUUACAGUUUAGUUACAAAUAAAAUUUAGAUAAAAAAUAAUAAAAAAAAAAAUAUAGACCCUAAGCAUUUAAAUAAAAAUAUCACUGUACAUAGUUUGUAAAUUUAUAAGAUUUAUAUCAAGAACAAAAAGUUAUAAAAUGUAUCCUUACAAGUUUAAAUGAGAAUAUUCUUAGUCGCAACUAUCACGUAAUGCGUAAGAAAUUUCUCUUUGAUAACCAAUGGGGGCCAGUAAUUAUCUCUCGGAUCUCGCACGGAUUUAUAUAUAUAUAUAUAUAUAAUUUAUAUAUAUAUGUUUGCUGUGCGGCGCGCGAUUUUAAUUUUAAAAACGAGAGGAAAAUUUAUGCUCAUUAAAAGUUUUUCAUAUUUAUUCGACUUAUUAUUAAGUAUUUAUGACACAUUUGUGUCUACGGAAUUGUGAUAAAAAAUUUUAUAUAUAUUUUCUUUGUCACAUUGACAAUUAUUUGCUUUGUAAAUUAAUUAGACCUCUCAAUUGAUUUGUUUGUUGUUAAAUAUUGAUUUAAAUAUUGUUAAACUGUUGUUUUUUAUCAUCGGCGCGCUGCAAUUUUUAUUAUAAGAUUUAAUAUUUAAUUAAUACGCAAUAAUAUAUUUAGCUGUAGUCUUUAUUUAUAAGAAAUUAGUAAAGAAUAAAUAAAAAAAAAAUAAAUAAAACGCUGUAUAAAAAAGGCAUUAUAUUAACUUUUUAUACAAGACUAAUAAUUAUAAUUUUGUUGCUUAUAUUUUUUACGCGCGCCACGAGUUUAAGGGAAGGUUUAUAAUUAUUAUUAAUUUUUUUUUUAUUAAUAAUAUAUAUAAUAUUAUUAAUAAUUACUACUAUUAUAUUUAAGUAUAUGUUUAUUGUAAAUUGUGGUUGUAACACAUUUGUUAUCGUGUAACGAUUCGUUGUAAUCAUUCUGGUUAAUUUAUUUAUUACAAAUUAUAUUUAAAAAAAAAAAAACCUACAUAUUAAUGGCAUAAAAUAAUUAUAUAAUUAAGUAAAAAAAUGACGUAUCCGUAAGCGGAAUAAAAAUGACGAAAUAGUGAAUAAAAUAUAAAUACGCACUAAUAUAUAUAUUUAUAUGAAAAUACAAAAAUAAUAUCCAUAUAUAUAUACGUAU